UUCCAUUGACCUAUUGAAUCUCCCGAGAGAUUGGAAUCCUGCCCAGUGUGCCCACCUAGUCAUUCAUUCGUAAACUUUGCCUGCUAUUAGUUAUCAGUUAAGCAUCCUUAUCCAUGCAUUGAUUUUUUCAAAUUUUACCCAGCUUUAUUUGACGAGAUGAUUUUGGCACCCUAUAAAUCAAGGCCUAGUUCAACCAAGUUAUAGUGUCACAGAUCUGUUUUGCUGCUACAAUCAAUCUUUGCAAUGGGUGGCUGUUCUUUCUUGUCAUGUUGCUUUCUUUUUGCUUUUCUGAUGGUGUGCUCCCAUGCUUCCCACCAUGUCUGGGACGAAACUAGUUUGGAGGACCUCCAAAAGGCCAAGCCAAGCCCUAUAUUUAAUCUGUCUAUCUCCAAUUUUCAUAAGACAGCCUAUCACUUUCAGCCUCUGAAGAAUUGGAUGAACGGUAUGUGUAGAAUUAUGGAUUUUGCAAAGGUGUUUUUUUUUGGUGAGCAAUUUUAUGUAACUUAGAAUUAUGAAUGUUAUAUUUUUCCUGGUAAUGAGGGUUAUUUGUUUUAACAAAUGUUUCAUGCUGAUCUGGAUGUAUUUAAUAUGUGCAUGGAGCAACGAUGAAUACCCCAAUGCCCCAUUUUUCUACAAGGGCUACUACCAUCUGUUCUACCAAUAUAAUCCCUUUUCAGCUGUUUGGGGGUUGAUUAGAUGGGGGCAUGCAGUUUCUAGAGAUUUGAUAAAUUGGGAGCACUUGCCUGGAGCAGCUCUGUACCCAGAUGAAUGGUAUGACAUUAAUGGUGCUUGGUCUGGAUCUGCAACAAAAAUGCAAGAGGGUGGUGCUCCUGUUAUUUUGUACACGGGCAACACCAAUGUCUCUGUACAAGUUACAAACAUGGCAGUUCCUAAGGAUCCCUCAGACCCUUUACUAAGGGAGUGGAAGAAAGUUCCAGAGAAUCCUAUCAUGAUGCCUGAGGGUAUUAUCAAUAGCAGCUCAUUCAGAGACCCAACUACAGCCUGGUUGGGAUCAGACGACAUAUGGCGAGUACUGGUGGGGAAUAAGAGAGAUAAGCAGAAGAGAGGAAUGGCUUUGCUUUACAAAAGCAAGGAUUUCAAGAAAUGGGUCAAGGCAAAACACCCACUUCAUUCUGCAAAGCAUUUUGGAAUGUGGGAAUGUCCUGAUUUUUACCCUGUUUCCCUCCAUGGCAAUGAUGACCUUGAUGCAUCUGUUGAGGGUCCUUUUCUGAAACAUGUGCUGAAGAACAGUUUGGAUGAUUCCAAGGUAGACUAUUACACUGUGGGCAAGUAUUUCCCUAAAUUGGAAAGAUAUGUGCCUGACAAUGGAUCUGUGGAGGGCCCAAAUGGGCUUAGAUAUGAUUAUGGCAAAUUUUAUGCCUCGAAAACAUUUUAUGAUGAUAAUAAGGGAAGAAGGAUUUUGUGGGGAUGGAUUAAUGAGUCUGACAGUGUGGCAGACUCAUUCACUCUGCACUGUUUGUAUUCAAUGAUUAACUUUAGAUUCCUUUUCUGAAUGAUUAACUGUCACUCUGAUUAGAUGGUUACAAUGAUAUAAUGGACAGGUCAUCUUUAGACACUGAUAUGGACAAAACAAGCUAUGGAGGAUUUGUAAACCUGUCUCCUCAUCAGAAAUCCCUCUCUCUGCGAGUUCUGGUGGAUCACAGUAUAAUAGAGAGCUUUGCAGAGGGGGGCAAAACUUGCAUCACAUCAAGGAGCUAUCCCAUGUUGGCAGUGAAUGAGAAUGCCCAUUUAUUCGUGUUUAAUAAUGGAGACUCAAAUGUUAUUAUACGCAGGUUGACAGCAUGGCACAUGAAAGAGGCCCGUCAACAAUAUUCAUCAAUUCUGUAGAGAAUAACAUUACGUGGACUGUAAUUAUUUUGCAGUUUUGCUUGAUUUUACAGUCUAAAACACGUGAGCUGAUUACAAAAGCGGGGCCGCCAAGCUUUCUUAAAUGAUUGUGAAAUUUUCUAUUG